AUGAACCCCACGGGUAUAGCAGACACCACCCUGGAUGAAAGCAUCUAUAACAAUUAUUAUCUUUAUGAAAGCAUCCCCAAACCUUGCACCAAGGCAGGUAUCAAGGCAUUUGGGGGGCUCUUCCUGCCCCCCCUCUACUCUUUGGUCUUUCUGUUUGGUCUGCUUGGAAAUUCUGUGGUGGUUCUGGUCCUGUUCAAGUACAAGCGGCUCAAGUCCAUGACCGACGUGUACCUGCUCAACCUUGCCAUCUCGGACCUGUUCUUUGUGCUCUCGCUCCCUUUCUGGGGCUACUAUGCCGCAGACCAGUGGGUGUUCGGGCUCAGCCUCUGCAAGCUAGUUUACUGGAUGUACCUGGUGGGCUUCUACAGUGGCAUAUUCUUCAUCACACUCAUGAGCAUCGAUAGGUACCUGGCCAUUGUGCACGCGGUCUUCUCCCUGAGAGCGAGGACCUUGACUUACGGGGUCAUCACCAGCGUGGCCACGUGGGCAGUGGCUGUGCUCGCCUCCCUCCCAGGCCUUGUGUUCAGUACGUGUUAUACUGAGCACAACCACACCUACUGCAAAACCAAGUAUUCUUUCAACUCCACGAGGUGGAAGGUUCUGAGCUCCCUGGAGAUCAACAUUCUAGGGCUGGUGAUCCCCUUGGGGAUCAUGCUGUUCUGCUACUCCAUGAUCAUUAGGACCUUGCAGCACUGCAAAAAUGAGAAGAAGAACAAGGCAGUGAAGAUGAUCUUUGCUGUGGUGGUCCUCUUCCUGGGGUUCUGGACCCCUUACAAUGUGGUGCUCUUCCUGGACACCCUGGUGGAGCUGGAGGUCCUUCAAGACUGCACCUUUGAGAGACACCUGGACUAUGCCAUUCAGGCCACAGAGACACUGGCUUUUGUUCACUGCUGCCUUAAUCCGGUCAUCUACUUUUUCCUGGGGGAGAAAUUUCGCAAGUACAUUGUACAGCUCUUCAAAACCUGCCGGGGCACUUUGGUGGUCUGCCAGUACUGUAGGUUCCUCCCGAUUUACCCCGACACCCCCAGCUCAUCUUACACACAGUCCACGGUGGACCACGAUCUCCACGAUGCUCUGUAA